AUGUCAAAUGGUUCUGAAAGUCCAAAGAAAAAUACUCCACAAAACAUCAUAGACACUCCUAUCAAUGUAGCUGAAAAUAGACCAACACAGACUGCUGUUUGCGAAAGUAGUCGGGGAUCACCGAAAUUCCAGCCCGCAUCACAAAACAGACCUUUGUCAACUAAAGAACUAUCUACAAGUUUUAUGAAUGGUCUACCAGUACAAAACCAGUCAUCUCCUAUACUAGAAUGUGUUUCUCGACUACCAAGUUAUCGUCGUCGAUCCAUACAUCCUGACCGACCAGGAAUAGACAAUCCAUACGCUGAUGAUUUGACUUGGUUUCCACAAUUAUCGCCUAACAAAAAAAGUUGUGUUCAAUCGCCGAAUAAAAAACUAAAAACUUGUCAAAACAACACAAAAGGAAUUCUCAGGGAUAAUCUAGUAAAAUCUUUUUUAUAUAUCACUAUUGGAUUGAUAUCUAUCAUUUUUGAUUGUUGCUUUUCCUUCUUCUUUAAAUUAGCAAAUAUUAUAUUCGCUUGUUUACCAUCAUUCCGUACUUGUUUUUGUAUGGCUGUAUUUGGAUUACUUCUAUUUGGUUUGCAUAAAAUUUUACUUGGUGAUCCAUUUUAUCAUAAUCCAGUGGAAGAUCUAUACAAUAUCAUACGAUUUCCUUUUGUUGAAAAACAAUAA